AUGGGCAAUGAAACAUGGAAAAUAGUCACAACAACUGCCUUACUUUCCGUUGCUGCCACAAAAUGUGCAGAAAUGGCAUGGAAACAUUAUUCAUUAAGCCAUCAACAAGAGGAACACAAAUUUGCUCCUGUACAAUCGAAGAGGUCAAAAUAUGACGAUAAUUUAUUCCGCGAACAACUAGCACGUAAUUAUGCCUUUUUGGGUGAAGAAGGGAUGGAAAAAUUAAAGCAACAAUAUAUUGUAGUGGUUGGUGCAGGUGGUGUUGGUUCUUGGGUGGUUACAAUGUUAGUGCGUUCAGGUUGUCAAAGGAUUAGAGUAAUUGAUUUUGAUCAAGUUUCUUUAAGUUCUUUGAAUAGACAUAGUUGUGCUACUUUGAAAGAUGUGGGGACUUCCAAAGUUGAAUGUUUGAAAAGACAUAUGGCUGAGAUUGCACCAUGGUGUGAAAUUGAUGCUGUGAAUGAAUUAUGGAAUAAAGAAAAUGGUGAGAGGUUGAUUAAAAGUGGAGGUGAACCAACUUUUGUUGUUGAUUGUAUUGAUAAUUUAGACACUAAAGUGGAUCUUUUAGAAUAUGUCUAUAAUAUGAAAGUUGAUUUUAUUUCAUCUAUGGGUGCAUCAACCAAAAGUGAUCCAACCCGUAUUAACGUUGGUGAUAUCACCACUACAGAAGAAGAUCCAAUGGCUCGUUCUGUUAGAAGAAGAUUAAAGAUGAGAGGUAUUACUACAGGUGUUCCAGUUGUUUUCAGCGCAGAAAAACCUGAUCCACGUAAGGCCAAACUGUUACCACUACCUGAUGAUGAAUAUGAAAAGGGUCAAGUCGAUCAAUUAAGUGCAUUAAAGGAUUUUAGAGUGAGAAUUCUUCCUGUUUUGGGUACAAUGCCAGGUAUAUUUGGUUUAACCAUUGCUACUUGGAUCAUUACUAAAGUGGCUGGUUAUCCAAUGAACCCUAUAGAAGGUAAGAAUAGAAUCAAAAUAUAUGAUGGUAUCUAUCAAUCCUUAGCUGGACAAAUGUCUCGUAUUGGUAAAGAACAACGUGUACCAGUUGCAGUUAAAGAUAUUGGAUAUAUUGUUGAAGAAAUAUUCAGAGGUAAAUCCCCAGUAAGUGGCUAUUCUACUAGAUUAACCUUAUCUCUAUGGGAUCCAAGUAAGCCAGUGUCAUUACAAAAUGUGGUAUUAUUAACUAAGGAGGAGCAGAAAGCUCAUGAAGAACGUGUUUUGAAUGGUCAAGAGAAACUACAAGAUGUCUAUUCUAAAGAGGUCUUAGAUUUGAUCAAAGAAAGAUUUGAAGAAGAAAAAUAUUACUCCCAAUUUAGAUGA